AUGAACCCCGUCUUCGUCGUUCGACGUCUUCUGAAUAUUCUGAUGAUUCUGAUAUUGAUGAAGUCAGCAUCUACAAAUGGAGACUCUGAAGAUAGAUAUGAAUUGAAUAAUGCAGUGAUUGGAGAUAUUGUCAGGACUAUGGAGAGUAAAAAUACAGUGCAAGAAGUGAUUCUAUCCGAACAACAAAUAAUCGAGAUGCAUCCAGAAUUGAACUUGACAAUAACCAGACCCAAGGGACCGCCUGUUUCUGUGAUGAGUGGAAAGAUUCCCGAUCAUUUGAUCAAGAAAAUGGCAGAUUACCUCUUCGGUUUGCUUCAAGGCACUGGAGAAGUCAUAAAGCCCACGUCUACUACGACUACAACCACUACAACAACAACCACGACCCCAUCCACUACCACAACGAUUUCUACACUUCCACCCUUCGCUUUCUUGCCUUCUGCUUCUCCGACAUCUCCGGAUUUUCUCCCUUUUCGCCAAAACAAUCGCAAGUUUUUCGAGGAUCUGGCAGUGAUUCAAGAUAUUCCGAAAACUGCAGAAUCGCCGAACUUCGUAGCUCAAAUCAGAAGAAAGCCGAUAAGAAAAAUGAACGGAAUUUCAAGAAGGAAGAGUGAGAAGUUGUGGAGGAAAACAAGGAUGGUGAAGGUCAUCGGAAGGAUUUGA